AUGAAGUUCCUUUCAAUAUUAUCUCUGCUGAUAUUCAUAAAGAUUUAUGUUUGUCAAGAAGAUGAGCAAAGAAUAUUUGGUGGUUCCGAAACAUUAGAAAAUGCGUUUCCAUGGAUGGUUUCAGUACGUUUUAGUGCUUUAGGUGUUGUAAGACAUAUGUGUGGUGGUGCUAUUCUCUCUGAUAUAUUUGUACUUACUGCUGCCAAUUGUUUUCUACAAUUUUCGAUAGUUCCAAGUUGGUUUUCAAUCAAAGCAGGUAUGCAUAAUAUUUUUAAUGAAAGUCAAGCAACAGAACAACUUCGAACAGUAUCUCAAAUAAUUACACAUUCGAAUUAUUCUUCCGUAACUUAUCUUAAUAAUAUUGCACUUGUUCGUGUUUCAUUACCAUUCAAUAUCAAAGGAUUAAGUGUAUCAACUAUUUCAUUAUCAAAUAUAACAUCAUUAGAAGAUAUGAAUUUAACAACAAUAGGAUGGGAUUUUGCAACGAUUCAAUCAAAUAUAUCUAUCGCAUCUCCAUUUCUACAACAAAUAAUUGUACAAGAAAAUGUUCCAUGUACUAAAAAAUCAAUUAAUCCACAUACACAACUUUGUGCAACUGGUGAUGCUGGUGGUCCAUUAAUGGUUUAUUCAAAUGAUAGUCUACAAUAUGAACUUGUUGGCAUUACAAGUUUUCGUAACUCAUGCACUACUGAAGGAUUAUUUACUCGAACAGCACCUUAUAUUGAUUGGAUCUUGGCAAUAUUAAAGAAUCCACCACCGACUAUGCCACCAAUAAUAACAUUUCCACCUGUUACAUUUCAAACUCCAAAGCCAGAUGUACUUGGUCCUCCAAUUUCAUUUUCGUGUAAUAAAAGUUAUUCAUGUGGUUGCUCAGCAACACCAGUUAUCUUUCAUGAUGAACCACCAUUUCCUGAUACUCACCAUCGUGUUCAAGGAAGAAUUGUUGGUGGUGAAAACGCUCAACCACAUAGUUGGUCAUGGGUGGUAGCAUUACGAAGGAAUAAUAUACAUUUUUGUGGCGGAGCACUUUUGAAUGAAGAAUGGGUACUGACAGCUGCUCACUGUCUUAGUGAAACUAGUGGAGUAACUAUUCAUAUUGGUGUUCAUAGUGAAACAUCACCUUCACCACAAGUACGUAAUAUUUCCAAACUGAUUCCACAUUCAAAUUAUCAAGGGCCGCCCAAAUAUGUUAAUGAUAUUGCACUUAUUCGUCUUUCAUCACCAGUGAACAUUGCAGUACAGGAAAAUUAUGCUGGUCGUACUUGUGUACCUCCGAUGACAGCUGGACUCGACUAUCCACCAGUUGGCACACGCUUGGCAGUAAUUGGAUGGGGUAGAAUGCUUUCUAAUGGUAUUCGACCAGAUGUAUUACGUCAAGUUCGUGUGAAAACAAUAGCUAAUAAUGAUACACGAUGUCUCAAUUCAAUUAUUGAUAAAGAACGACAAUUUUGUGCUUUGGUUGAUGGUGGUGGAAAAGACUCCUGUCAAGGUGAUAGUGGUGGUCCUAUUCAUCAAUGGCUUGGUGAUCAUUGGGAACAAGUUGGGAUUGUGAGUUUUGGAAAAGGUUGUGCUGUAGCAGAAAAUCCUGGUGUGUACACUCGACUGUCAAUCUAUCAUGAUUGGAUUCAAUUAAAUACGAAUGGAAUUAAUCCAACAACAAUGAUAGUCGAAACAAGUACACCAGUAACAACAACAUUAGACCAGCAAACAACAACAUUACAACAUCAAACAACAACAUUAGAUCAGCAAACAACAACAUUAGACCAGCAAACAACAACAACAUUACAACAUCAAACAACAACAUUAGACCAGCAAACAACAACAUUAGAUCAGCAAACAACAACAUUAGAUCAGCAAACAACAACAACAUUACAACAUCAAACAACAACAUUAGAUCAGCAAACAACAACAUUAGAUCAGCAAACAACAACAUUAGAUCAGCAAACAACAACAACAACAUUACAACAUCAAACAACAACAUUAGACCAGCAAACAACAACAUUACAACAUCAAAUAACAACAACCACAGUAACAAUGACUACCUCAUACACUGUGGCAUCUUCCGCAAGUGGUGGUGGAACAGCUUCUAUACUCAAGACAAACUUGUUAUGUAGCUUGAUAUUUUAUGCAUUUUUUCUUUGUAUGCUACUCAUCUGA